CUUGACUACCCAAACACAAUUAUCUUGGUAUAGAUGUGCGCUGUACGGAUCCGAAGAGCAUGAUGGGACUAUUUAACUUUUGGGGAAUCUCUUUGCAAAAUGGAGUAGUCGCAAGCACUAGAUGAACUUUCUCGACUGACAAAAGCCGGCGUGUUUUGGGCCAGGGUCAUUUUACCUAUGGACCAGGUCCAAAGUUGGCGUUACAUAUCCAGUGCAUUAUACGGACUAGGCAUGACUUCGAAGAAGGGAAGGCGGUACGAAGAAAUAACUAUCCAACCAACUCAGCGCCAAAUAUUGUAUGUACAUAGAAGAAACGUUGUCUCUGUAUGUUUUGCGACGGCCUGUGCGGCAGGAGUCGUGCCCCCGCCAACGUUCUUGCUUGCCCCGCCUUAUGCUUAGUAUUCUAGAUGCUGAUAGCGCCAAUAUGAUCACCUAUUGAAUGGCUGUCACAUGUUUCAUUGGUUGUCGAAAGUUAAGUUUAUUGAAGCGCCCGCAUGGCGACAACAAAAAGAGUUGCGACGAGCGCGUAGAUGGGUUGCUGCCACUACGUAUAUAA